GAUACCUGAGCUUUCAUGCACAGUUUGAGGAGUUUGCUCAUGUGACAGCACACAAACUUCGGAGGUUUAACUCAGUUUAAUAACUUCAGUCAGGUCUCUCACAGCAGAAGAACAAUUACACUACGUUAUGAAUUCUAAUUAGACCAAGACAUUUUGGCAACAACAAGGCGCGCGCCGCAGACCACAGGUGUAUGCAACAAGUUGAUUAAUCCGAGGCAGAUAUGGAGGAGUCCAGUGACUUGUAUGAUGUCUGCGAGACAAAUGGCUCCCCUCCCUGGGCUGACGACCAGCAUCAGUGUCUGGAGGAGCUGGACACUGUGGAGUGUCUCAGAAGGAAGAUCAAAUAUUACUUCAUGAACCCCUGUGAGAAGUACCACGCUCGCGGCCGAAAACCAUGGAAACUCAUCCUGCAGAUCAUCAAGAUUGCCAUCAUUACCAUCCAGUUAGUGUUAUUUGGGCUGAGCAACCAGAUGGUUGUCACAUUCAAGGAGGAAAACCUGAUGACAUUCAAGCACCUCUUCUUGAAAGAUUAUGUUGAUGGAGGCAUGGAUACAUACGCUGUUUACAGGCAGGCUGAUGUUUAUGAUCACAUCGAUUACAUCAUUGAACAGUAUGGACAUCUGCACAACAUCACAGUAGGAAAUCAUGAAUAUGAGAAAAGUGGCACCUUCUACACCCCCCUAACAGUGUGUCAGGAGUUCUACAGAAACGGCACCAUCUACCCUGGAAAUGAGACCUUUGAAAUUGAUGCUAAAGUGGAAACUGAGUGCCGUAAAGUUUAUCCGAUGUAUCAUCCAUCAUUGCAGAGAGCAUUUCCAGAUUUUGAACUGCAUUUCAAAAGGAUGAUCUCUGUCAAGAUCACGUUUGUUCUGAAGGCCAUAAAUUUACAGACAGUGAGACAUCGAGAGCUGCCAGACUGCUACGACUUUACUAUUAUUAUCAUUUUCAACAACCAAGCUCACAGCGGCAGGAUAAAGGUUGACCUGGAAAAUGAUGUAGACAUCAAUGAGUGCAGAGACUGGAAAGUAACUGGAGCAUCUGCCAGAAACAUAUACCUGACUGUGCUGUUCGACUGCCUCAUCAUUAUAACGUGCAUCAUCUCAUUCACCCUCUGCACACGCUCGGUGAUCAAUGGGAUUCAGCUGCAGUCUGAAUACACCCUCUACUGCAAGGAGCACUGUGGUAAAGAAGUCCCGUGGUCAGACAAGUCAGAGUUUGUGAAUGGUUGGUAUAUCCUGAUCAUUGUUAGUGACACGCUGACCAUCAUUGGCUCCAUUCUCAAGAUCGAGAUUCAGACUAAGGUGGUCACAAGUUAUGAUGUCUGCAGCAUCUUCCUGGGGACAGGCACCAUGUUUGUGUGGAUCGGAGUCAUCCGCUACAUGGGAUACUUUAGGAAGUAUAAUAUUCUCAUCCUGACACUCAGGGCAGCUUUCCCAAAUGUCAUCCGUUUCAUCUGCUGCGCUGGAAUUAUCUACUUGAGUUACUGUUUCUGCGGCUGGAUCGUCCUUGGCCCGUAUCAUGAGAAGUUCCGGACCUUAAACACGGUGUCAGAGUGUCUGUUCUCCCUGAUCAACGGAGACGACAUGUUUCCCACCUUCAAGAACAUGAAGCAGAAGAGCAGCCUGGUUUGGAUCUUCAGCAGGGUCUACCUCUACACCUUUGUGUCGCUCUUCAUCUACAUGAUCCUUAGCCUUUUUAUCACGCUCAUCACCGACACCUAUGACACCAUCAAGCAGCAGCAGCAGAGUGGAACCCCGACAUCAGAGCUGCAGAAAUUCCUGUCAGUGUGUAAAGAUCUGCCAAACUCUGGGGUGUACAGACUCGACAAGAAAAACAGCUGUUUCUUGGACUGCUGCAUCACCAGGUUCAGGAAGCAUCAGGAGAGGCUGUCUUCUGAGGCAUAGCAGAGCCUUUAAUGUGGAAUAUUGAAAGGCAUUACUGUAUAAACUAUAACCGAAUAAUUCAUGUGCACUUUAUACCGAUAUAUUCAGUGGAGUCUUGAAAAUUCUUUUGUUUUUCAUUUAACAUCAGGCCCCAGGUUGGCUCAGUGUUGAAAAGACCAAACAGGAAAUGAAUGAAUCUGAGAUGCUGAUGAAGUCUCUAUGAUGCACUGAUACAGGAGCACUUUGUAAAUGCACUUAUUUAUAUUAAUGCGUAGAUGGGGAAAAAAGAUGGACCCUGACAUUUGAAAUUGUGUUGUUUUUCUAAAACAUGUCAUUUGGAAGGUUCCCCAUGUUGUACACUGAAUAUAACGUUAAUGUUAAUAAAUAAAUUGUGAUGUUAA